AUGAGCCUCGCUGACUGGAUCCCACUCCGUUCUGGACUAGCCAUGCCUGUUCUCAUGGCCUUCGCUCUUGGCGCACUCGUCACAACGACCAUUCUAAAGUCAAGAAGUGGCAAUUCUCGACCACUUCAGGUGUCUACUCACAAAUUCGAACUUCUCAUGAUUGGACCAUCUGCAAAGACCUACAGGGUGCACGACUUAGUGCUGAAAAUGCCUGAUAUCGAUGACGAGGCGUUGGUCACUCAGGGUAACAUCAAAUCCAUGAGUAACGAAGCAAGCGUAUAUCUCAUACUUGGACAACACCCUCGAAUNCCAGAAUGUCUCUACGUCAGUCACAGUAAGGACUUGAUCAUUCUCAAGUGCUACCCUCAUGGCAACCUCAGAGGGCACCUUGCGAAAAUCUCAAGUGUUAGCCCGACGGAGCUAAGGAAGUGGGCGCGACAGAUGAUAGAAGGGGUUGCAGAGAUCCACCGAAACGGCAUUCGGCACUCAGAUCUCAGACUCGACCAGUGGCUAUUGGAUGAGAAACUUGAUGCUCGUCUAUGCGAUUUCAACGCCUCUGGUUUCGACGCAAACGAGAAACUGGGUUUACAGGAGAGCAAGUCUGUUGGUCUUGAGGCGUAUAGUCACUUCAUGCCGCGCGACCCAGAGACCAACAGCACUGUGCUUUCAGAUCUCUUCGCGCUCGGUUCAUCAUUGUAUGAGCUCGAAGUUGGCGACAAACCNUUUGCUGAACUGGAAGGAGAGACGGUUACUGAGCAAUUUGAUGCAGGAGAGUACCCAGACGUGAACGCUCUACGUUUUGGCGGUCUCAUCAAACGCUGCUGGAAGGGGAAANNUUUUGAAACUGCUCUUGACCUGCUGGACGCUGGUAUCAAGAGCUGCGACCUCUAA